ACAGUUGAUGUGCAUGGCGUCGGCUUUUCUUUCUGCAAAGCUCUCCUUUGAACCCGGAGCAACUGCUUGCAGCUUCCAUAAUUCUGCUUGCAAUAAACCCCAGUUUGCAUGUCCAACAUUCCGCCAUUGCAUUUCCCAUCCCAUGCUUCGGAUAAUGCCGUGAGUGAACUUUGUGCCUCUCCGAAUCGACACCAAUUGUUGGAUCGUACAAAGCCGUGUGCAGACCACGAUGUAGAACAAUAUUUACAGCAAAAGGUGAAUCGAACACGGAAUCCUUGUCCGAAAUGGUUGAAUCCGUCGCUGUUAGACGCUUGUCAGACCGUCAUAUUCGCUUCAAUGUCGGUUCAGCAGGUUGUUCAACGCUCCCUUCGUUGUAUCGUGAACGAUCAGUUGGUGGCUGAAUUCGCUCCUCUCCUUCGAGAAUCCAAGAUCACGGCCGAGAAACUUGUCCUUGUUUUGGAGCAAACUGAUCCUUAUCCGAGUCUAUCGGAUUUGUGCAAGGUCGCCGUCACUUGUAUAAAGACGCAGAAGGAACUGUGUAAAAUGCUCAAAAUGCGCUCAUCCACCAUUAUCAAGGAGCUCGAUGGAAAAUUUGCCCGUCAUUUACUGCUGAAUAUCCACGGUGCCAUGAUCGAUUUCAAGGACGCAUGGACCAUUAUCGUAUCUUCUUUAUCACUGCCCUCCGCCGCGGCCGCCACCGCUCUUCAGCAAACAUCUUCACCUAAUACCCCAUCUUAUUUUCCCAGUAUAUCUGAUCCUUCCGUUAACAUGCAAUCCACAUCAUCUACACCCACUUCAUCCAAUCCCGGCACUGUAGGCAUUGCGUCUGCACCAUUCUACCAAUCUGUAGCGCAAGGACGGUCCCAGAAUGAGUUCUCACAUUUCCCUACAAUGUCUCCUCUUUCCUCUCCAGCUUCGACCGAAGAUAAUUCGCAAUUAUAUAGUCACAUCAAGUUGGCGGUGACAGGAUCAUUUCACGUCGUGGAGUUAUUGAGACAGUCGAUUGACGAAGCGUUAUCUACAAAGAUAUCAGCCUCCCUUGAAAAGCGAUUACAUGAAUUAUUACAAGUUAUUGAUUAUGCGGCUGAAAUGACGCAAGCGUUGGAUAAAAGUUUGGAAGCUCUAAUAUGCAAAGAGAAUGCCCAAGUUGUUUCUCAAUCACCGCUUUUAUUGAAUCUACAAAAUCGAAAAGAAACAAGUCGAAAAUUUUGGGAAGAUACCAAUAUUUAUUUCAAGGCUAUUGUCGCAUUGAUGUCAUCCGUGAGAUCGAUUUCGACGGAGGAAGAUUUUACUUGGACAAAAUUCGUGAAGCAGGGAUGUCUCCAGGUGACCCGCGUUACUGCGGACGUGGCCAAAUUGUGGAAUAGCUAUAGUACGUUUGCCGAAGAUGGAUUUUUCCUCGGAAAAGUGGACGAUAAAGGCAUUCAGCGCAGCAUGAGUGGUUCAGAAGUAUCAACACCGACAGCAUCGGCCAUCGGUUUAUCCCCUUCUACUCUUCUUUCAGAAACGUCUUCCAGUCAACGACAGAAUACCAAUCACAGCGUUUAAUUCAACCUAUCAACAUUAGAAGCACUUGCCUUUUUUUUUUCUUGUAAAUGCAUUAUUACUCCUAUUUAGCUUACCGGUUGUAUUUUCAUCAGACUUUUUCAGUGACAAAACUGUUAUUGCAAUGGUUGCCAUCGCUCCUGGAAAC